UGCUGUCAUACAAAAAACACAGAAGGGCCAAGCACUCAAAGGGGUAAGAGGAUAAGAUAAGCUCUCUGAAAACACUUUAGACCAGAAUAUGGCUGAGGUGAUGUACGCAACGCCCAACAUGAUGACCAAGGCCAGGAAUACACAAGGAGAGAGAGAGGAGAGGAUAGUGGACAUCUACGCUAGUCCUGAGAGCCUCAGAGAUCAACAGCAGGGCUCUGUGGGGACAGAGGAGUCCUCCAAGUCUCUGGGAACAGGAAGAAGUCAGCGGCCGGACGCUGUGAGCCCUCCUUGUUGUCCUAUCAGGGCUGUGAUGGUGCUUCUGGGCCUGCUGUCUGUGGUCCUGCUGGCUGGACUGAUUGGGUUGGCAGUGCAACACAAGAAGACUGCAAGCAUGGAAAGAGACAUGGAGCAACUUCUCCUAACGCUGAAGAAUUUGACGGAACAGAGAGACUCACUGCUUUGUAAACAGGAAUGUCCAGAUGGUUGGAGGAAGUUUGGUUGUAAAUGUUACAAGGCUACCGAUACGUAUCAUUCCUGGAAUAACAGCAGGGAGUUCUGUGUUUCCCAAGGAGCAGAUCUGGUGGUUGUGGACAGUAAAGAGGAGAUGGACUUCAUUGGCUGCUGGUACAACGUGUACUUCUGGCUCGGAGCGACAGAUGCGGCCGGUGAAGGGACGUGGAGAUGGGUUGAUGGGACCGUCCUGCCACUGGAUGACCCCUCCUGGAGUGGAGUGGGACCGCAUGGAGGACCUGCACAGCUCCAGGGCUCUGAGGCGGGCAGGCAGGAAUAUGGCAGACCCCUCCCAUCCUGGUCACAGUCUAUUUGGAACUCUACCCUCUGGCAGGAGGCUGCGGUCCAUCAGGACCAAAACCUCCCGCCACUUGAACAGUUUCUUCCCCUGUUCAGUUGGCUUCCUUAACAGGUCCCAGGAUCACCUGACUGACACUGACUCUGGCACUCAUACCCAUGGCCAAUUUGUAAAUUCUUAUACACUUUUAAGUAUCUUUUACUUUAUUUAUUUUUUUAUUCUAUAACAGAAUAGAACAGAAUUCUAUUGUAUCCUAUUUUUAAUUGAUCACUUAUGUCCCUGCUUGUUUAUAUUGUGUUAUAUAUAUAUAUAUAUAUCACUGUUUGUUCAUUGUUAUUGUCUCCAUGUAUGCACCUUAUUCACCAAGCCAAAUUCCUGGUUGGUGUAAAACCCUUCUUGGCAAUUAAAUCCUUCCUGAUUCUGAUUCUGAUGUAGUGUGAUCACUUUAAAUUUUCUACUUAUUCUACUGUGUUCAGAUAAAACAGUAGACUUGUGUCUUGGUGUGUGAAUAGGCUUGUAGGGCUGCACUCUUUUGUUUGACUUUUUGACUGUUUUAGCGGCUCCAGGAGACAGAUUUUAAAAGCUGUACAAGUCUGACCCCUAGUGGUCAAACAAGACUUCGCUUCAGAAAUGCGAGAUGCUCAGCUUUGCGUAACUAAAGGAAUACUUUUGAAGGUACACACAUGCAUUCGCACUUAUUCAGAGUGAAUUACGUUGAAUUUGAAAUUUAUUUUAUUUUUCCAAAGGGACAAAAUAUAUUGAUGAACAUUAAAAAAAGAAAAAAAAGUAAAUAUACUACGGCUAUAAUCCUAUGAUCUGUAAAUCAAGUGUCUAUUCUCUGUAGUGAAUUUAGUCCUAUUUUCUAAAGUUCUUCAGCAAUAUGUUUUGUUCAUAUUUUAUUAUUUGGAUUUCGUUUGGACUGAUCCGUUUGAACUGAUACCUAUUUUACUAUUGGGACUGAUAAAUAAAAAAUAUAUAUUUCCGA